AUGUGGCAGCUCCACUCGGACGCCAGGCCGCCGCGCUGCGUGACGCCGACUGUCGAUUCGCCGGUCCUUCUCGGCAGAGCGUCUCACCCCGACAUGAGGAGUUGCGUCUCACGGGAGCACGCGACGCUCUCGCCCGCUCCAGACGGAGACGGGAAGCUGCUCCUCACCUCGAUCGGCCACGCGGAGACGGGCGUCCGGGGCAGUGCGGGCGCGCCGUGGGUGUGGCUGCAGAGGGGCGAGUCGUCCACCGUCAGCGAUGGGUUCGAGAUCGCUCUCAGCAGAGGGAAGGCGCCCAGCAGACGAUCUCCGCUGCCUGAGGAACCGGAUGCGGCGGUGGUGCUGAGGCUCCUCCGUCAGCCUCCGCCGGCGGCGGCGGAAGCCUCGACUGCGUCGGGCACCGCUCCGCUGGCGCUCACCGCUGAUGACGAGGGGUUGACGGAGGCGUUCGGCAAGGCGCGGCCCUACCGGAUGCUAGACGGGCGCACGACGGCGCUCUUCACGUCGUACGGCACCGACUACUCCUUCCUGGCGGAGAUGGUCGCAGGCUCGCCCGCGGCGGCGAGGCGGCGAGGCGUCACGGUGGUGGACAACUACGACCACCACCGCACGCCGGCCGGGCUCGACGAGCACACGUACACCGUCCACAACGCCGCCGUCCGCGCAAACUUCUCCGUCGUGCUGCCGCCCUUCUUCAGCGACGACACCGCCGCCGCCGACCGGACGCGCGUGCACCACGGGACGAUGCACCCAAAGAUGUGGCUGCUCGAGUUCAGCGAGGGCGGCGCGUGCGGCAGCGGCUUCCUGCGGCUCGCAAUCUCCUCGGCCAACCUCGGCCGGUACGAUGCCAAGAUCAACAACCAGGUGUGGGCGUGCGACUUUGUGCGCGCGCAGGACGCCGUCGAGGCUGCUCGCGCGCUCGGCGUCUCGCAGCUCAAGGCGGAGCUCAAGGAGCGGCGAGUCGACGCCGCCGGCUGCAGCGAGAAGGCGGAGCUGGCGGAGAGACUCGUCGAGGCGCGCCGAGCCGACUCGGCCGGCUUUGGCGCCGACCUCCUCUUCUUCGUGGAGCGGCUCGUCGGCAGAGCGGCGCCGGAGCUGUUUCGCCAGUGGGAGGCGCUGCUGAGCCGCUACGACCUCACGCCGCCCGCGGGCACGCACCUCAUCUUCUCCGCUCCUGGCCGCUACUCUGGCCCAGAGGCGGAACGCUACGGCCUCCGCGCGCUGCAGCGCCACCUCAAGGUCUUGAGCGACCGGCCAGUGGCGCAGCGGCCGACAGCGGUCGAGUACGCGUGCUCGUCGCUCGGGCAGCUCGACGACAUCCUGCAGCCGCUGCUCGGCGUGCGGCCAAACUACAAGCAGGCGCCGCGCAUGGCUGUCCGCGGAGCCUUCCUGGAGGGGCUGCACAAGCCUCCGCACGGCGCGGCGGCGCGGCUGGUGUGGCCGUCUCUGACGGCAUCGCUGCCCGCCUUUGCGCGCGGCAAGGGGAUGCUCACCAUCGGCGGCGGCAAGAACACCAUGACGGGCCCGUCCGAGUUCAAGUCGCAGCAGCUCAAGGCGUGCAUGGCGCACAAUAUCGCCGCCGACCCGCGCCGCUCCGCCACUCUCCACCACGUCAAGAUGGCCGCCGGCAUCGUCCGCCCCCUUCAGCGCGAAGGGCCGCAGCGCGAGGUGGCGCCGCUCUGCGCGUGGGUGUACGCCGGAUCCCACAACCUGUCGGGCGCCGCGUGGGGCAAGAUGGAGGCCGCGACCGGCAGUGACGACGAGAGCGGGGUCGAGGACGAGGAGUUUGUCGUCAUGUCGUACGAGGUCGGCGUGCUGCUGCUGCCGCCGGAGCCUCGCCCCUUUGCGCUGCCGUGGGUGACCGCCGCGGCCCCGUACGACCCGACCGAGGUCAAGCCCUUCUCCACCUCCCGCUACCUCGCCAUCCUGCGCGGGCGCGACUCGCGGGCGUGGGACUCGCGCGACAACCGCAUGACGGUCGACGAGGUCACGGGCGAGGCGGCCACGCUGCCCCCGCCCCUGGGCGGGCUGCUGCUGCCCACGCUGCUGACGAUACCGCUGGACGAGGUGCGCAAGCUCGUGCUGCUCAAGGUCGAGGCCGAGGCGCGCCCCUACCCCUCGGCUCCCGAGCCCGGCUCCGCGGCGCGGAGGAGGGCGCGCCACCUCAAGCGGGGCGGCACGGCGUCCACGGACGAGCUGCUCAAGGCGUCGGGCAGCUCGAUGCGGAGCGAGCCGCUGCCGCUCGGCGCAGAGGUGAGGGCCCUCCGGCUCGGAGACUUCUCGUACGGCGAGGGCGACGCAAAGGCGAUCGGCGACCCGAUCGUCACCGUCUACCAGACCGUCGGCUACAAGGCCGCCGGGGCCGACGCCUUUGGCGGCUGCUCGCACGACCCGUACCUGAUCGACUACGACCUCAUGAGCGGCGGCGACUCCGAGGAGCGCCGCCCGGCGGUGCGCGUGGUCGAUCGGCGCGGCCCCGCCGGUGUGCUCUUGGCCUUCUUCGCCGACAGCGACGGCGGCGCGACCAACACCCCGCUGCUGCAGACCCUGGCGCUCGUCCGCUCGCACUUCGGCGUCGCGCCGGCGAGCGAGUUGCCCGCGCUGGUGCUUGUGACGGCCGACCUGCAGACGCGGCUGCUCUUUUGCCGCGGCGGCGCCGCGCUCGCCGCGCUGGUGCGAGAGGGUGCGGGGCCGCUGGGGGUGCUCAAGAAGCAGUGCAACGUCUCGGUCGUCCGGUCGGCGGGCGAGGCGGUCGCGAAGCGGCGCGCGUCGCUGUGGGGCGCGGCGCGGAACGACGCCUUCUACGCGGCGUGCGUCCCCUUCCUCCGCGCGCUGCUGCUCGAGCUCCCCGUCUCUGCCGACGGCGAGCUGCAGGACCCGUACGACCCGCUCUCGCAGUACGGGGACGGGCCGCCCCAGCGGGGCGUGCUGCGGACCGACGCGCCGCGCAUCGCCCUCGUCAGCAGCAUCGGCCACCUCGUCUCGAAGCGCCGCCCCGGCGAGGCAGAGCUGCUCCCCGUCCAAAAGGUGCGCGAGGUUGUGGCGGCGCUCGUCGCGCGGCUGGCGAGCGAGCUCCGCGCGGGCGCGGAGGCGGCGCUCGAGGCCGCGAGCGAGCUCCGCGUGGAGGAGGAGGCGCUGCGCGAGCGGCUCGACGUGCUCAUCUCCUUCCGCGCGCCCGGCAGCGCGGCGCCUCGCGGCGACGGCGGCGAGCUACCCGCGGGCAGCGUCGAGGAGGAGUGGAGCGAGCGCUGGUGCAAGCCGCAGCCGGGCAUGCUGCUCGAUGCGGCGGCGCGGGCGGGCGUGGCGGCGGAGGACACCCUCCUCGUGGGGUACGAUUUUGUCGACCGCGAGGCGGCGAGUCGCGCCGGCAUCGGCUACAUCGACCAGCAGCACCUGCUCGGCGUCGAGGGCUUUGACAUCGGCUUCGACGCGGAGCGCGUGAAGGAGUUCUUUGUGCCGGGCGAGGACGCGAAGCGGCCGAGGGCGCAGGCUCCCGAGUCAUUCGCCGCCAAGAAGAAGCGGGGCGAUGGCCAGAGCCAGCCACUGCGGCGGGGCGAUCGGUCGCCUGGGGCAUCGCCGCUGCGGCCGGCGCCCAACCGGGGAGUCUGAGGCCGCUCUCCGUACUGGCAUGACUGUUACCAUUGUGUCCAUGAGCUUUGUCAGGGGUCCCCGACGCUCUUGCGCUGCGUGUGAGCUGCGGCGUGUGCAUAGUAAGUUUUGUACCAGAGUGGCAGAG